UGAUUUGUGACUUUUGUGAUUUUUGUGGAGGACUAUCAUCAACUUUAAAAAGAACAAUUAAUUUGUAAAUCAAAUAAAAAUGGAAACGUGUGUAUUAAUACCGCAAGAGUUUAGCCUUUGUGUACGCGAAAUACGUGCUGGUGAGGAACCAACAGUAUCAGUUUGGUCCAAUACACGAAUAUCACAGGGCGCAUUAUGCUAUCCAUUUCAAGGAACAAUUCGAUUAGAUAAACUACAGGUGUAUGGACAAUUGAAGGAUGACGAUAUACGUCAUAGAUUUGGUUGUUAUGAUGAAAUAUCCGAUGUUGGAUCAAGACGUGUACGACAUUGUAAUUGGGUACGAUUUUUACGUGUUGCACAAUCAUAUACACCUGCAGUAAAUUUAGUUGCGACAAAGGUGCGUGGUGAACCAGUAUACGAGGCUGUAAAACCUAUUGCACCCGAUACAGAAUUAUUGGUAUAUUAUUUACCUGAACGACCAGAAGAAUUAUUUUUUGUCAGAAUGCGAGCAUCAUUAUAUAGACAAACGAUGGAUUCAAUAUUAGAAGAUUCGCCAUUGGAUUUGUCAAUGUCAUUGUUAUCGAGAGCGUUAUCUAGUUCACCACCAUCAACUACUGAAGAUGAACAUAAGAGUGUAUCUGGUGAUAGUUCAACAUCGUCAGCGGCUUCAUCACAAGGUGAUCUAACCGAACCACCAUCAGGUGGUCCCACACCUCGAGCUCGACCACGUGAACGUGCAUUACUACCAUGUGAAGUAUGUUCUAAAGCCUUUGAUAGACCAUCAUUAUUAAAACGACAUAUGCGAACACAUACAGGAGAAAAGCCACACGUUUGUUUAGUUUGCGGUAAAGGGUUCAGUACAUCAUCCUCCUUAAAUACACAUAGACGUAUUCACAGUGGAGAAAAGCCACAUCAAUGUCCAGUCUGUUUAAAACGAUUCACAGCAUCAUCAAAUCUAUAUUACCAUCGAAUGACACAUAUAAAGGAUAAACCACAUAAGUGUGGAUUAUGUAGUAAAUCAUUCCCAACACCUGGUGAUUUACGUUCACACAUGUAUGUACAUUCUGGAUCAUGGCCAUUCAAAUGUCAUAUCUGCAGUCGAGGCUUUUCAAAACAUACAAAUUUAAAGAAUCAUCUAUUUCUACAUACUGGUGAUAAACCACAUGCCUGUGAAAUAUGUCAUAAAAAAUUCGCUCUUGCCUGUAAUUUACGAGCUCAUAUGAAAACACAUGAAGGUGAUCCGCAAGAAGAAUGUACACGAUGUUGUAAAGUAUUUUUAGCAAAUGGACGUCCUGGCUUAUGUCCAACAUGUCGAAAACAAAAUGGUGAUUCAGCUGCCGAAGAUUCAUGUGGUACACAUACAGAAGACAGUAAUGGAACACCAGAAUAAAUAAAUAAAUUAUUAUUCCGUAGCACAUAAAAAAUAUGCUAAAUUGAUGAUA